AUGUCGGCUCCUGUCGGGCCGCGGGGCCGCCCGGCUCCCACCCCGGCGGCCUCUCAGCCGCCUCUGCAGCCAGAGAUGCCCGACCUCAGCCACCUCACAGAAGAGGAGAGGAAAAUCAUCCUGGCCGUCAUGGAUCGGCAGAAGAAAGAAGAGGAGAAGGAGCAGUCGGUGCUCAAGGUCAAAGAAGGACACAAACCACAACCGACACAGUGGUUUCCCUUUAGUGGGAUCACUGAACUGGUAAAUAACGUUCUUCAGCCCCAGCAAAAACAACAAAAUGAAAAGGAGCCCCAGACAAAACUUCAUCAGCAGUUUGAAAUGUAUAAGGAGCAGGUAAAGAAGAUGGGAGAAGAAUCACAGCAGCAGCAAGAACAGAAGGGUGAUGCUCCAACCUGUGGUAUCUGCCACAAAACAAAGUUUGCUGAUGGAUGUGGCCAUAACUGUUCAUAUUGCCAAACAAAGUUCUGUGCUCGUUGUGGAGGUCGAGUGUCAUUACGCUCAAACAAGGAGGACAAAGUGGUUAUGUGGGUGUGUAAUUUGUGCCGAAAACAACAAGAAAUCCUCACUAAAUCAGGAGCAUGGUUUUAUAAUAGUGGAUCUAAUACACCACAGCCACCUGAUCAAAAGGUUCUCCGAGGACUGAGGAAUGAGGAGGCGCCUCAGGAGAAGAAAGCAAAACUGCAUGAGCAGGCCCAGUUGCAAGGACCCUCAGGUGACUUCUCUGUACCUGCAGUGGAGAAAAGUCGAUCUCAUGGGCUCAUGAGACAGGAUUCUAUUAAAAAUGGGUCAGGAGUGAAGCACCAUAUUGCCAGUGACGUAGCUUCAGACAGGAAAAGAAGUCCAUCAGUGCCCAGAGAUCAGAAUAGAAGAUACGACCAAAGGGAAGAAAGAGAAGAAUAUUCACAGUAUGCUACUUCGGACAGCGCAAUGCCUAGAUCUCCAUCAGAUUAUGCUGAUAGGAGGUCUCAGCGUGAAGCUCAGUUUUAUGAAGAGUCUGAUCAUAUAAAUUAUAGGGACUCCAACAGGAGAAGUCACAGACAUUCCAAAGAAUAUAUUGUAGAUGACGAGGAUGUGGAGAGCAGAGAUGAGUAUGAAAGACAAAGGAGAGAGGAGGAAUACCAGGCACGCUAUCGAAGUGAUCCAAAUUUGGCCCGUUAUCCAGUUAAGCCACAGCCCUAUGAAGAACAAAUGCGUAUCCAUGCUGAAGUGUCACGAGCCAGGCAUGAGAGAAGGCACAGUGAUGUUUCUUUGGCAAAUGCUGAGCUGGAAGACUCCAGGAUUUCUAUGUUAAGGAUGGAACGAACAUCAAGGCAAAGAUCUGUAUCUGAACGUAGAGCUGCCAUGGAAAAUCAGCGAUCUUAUUCAAUGGAAAGAACUCGAGAGGCUCAGGGACCGAGUUCUUAUCCACAAAGGACCACAAACCAUAGUCCUCCUACCCCCCGGAGGAGUCCAAUACCCAUUGAUAGACCAGACAUGAGACGUACUGACUCACUAAGGAAACAACACCACUUGGAUCCUAGCUCUGCUGUGAGGAAAACAAAACGUGAAAAAAUGGAAACAAUGUUAAGGAAUGAUUCUCUCAGUUCUGACCAGUCAGAGUCAGUGAGACCUCCACCACCAAAGCCUCAUAAAUCAAAGAAAGGAGGUAAAAUGCGCCAGGUUUCCUUGAGCAGUUCAGAGGAGGAAUUAGCUUCUACACCUGAAUAUACAAGUUGCGAUGAUGUUGAGAUUGAAAGUGAGAGUGUAAGUGAAAAAGGGGACAGUCAAAAGGGAAAAAGAAAAACUAGUGAGCAGGCAGUUUUGUCGGACUCUAACACCAGGUCUGAGAGACAAAAGAAAAUGAUGUACUUUGAUGGCCACUCUUUGGAAGAGGAUUUGGAAUGGUCUGAGCCUCAGAUUAAGGACUCUGGGGUAGAUACGUGUAGUAGCACAACCCUUAACGAGGAGCAUAGCCAUAGUGAUAAGCACCCUGUGACGUGGCAGCCAUCUAAAGAUGGAGAUCGUUUAAUUGGGCGCAUUUUAUUAAAUAAGCGUUUAAAAGAUGGAAGUGUACCUCGAGAUUCAGGAGCAAUGCUUGGCUUGAAGGUUGUAGGAGGAAAGAUGACUGAAUCAGGUCGGCUCUGUGCAUUUAUUACCAAAGUUAAAAAAGGAAGUUUAGCUGAUACUGUAGGACAUCUUAGACCAGGUGAUGAAGUAUUAGAAUGGAAUGGAAGACUAUUACAAGGAGCCACAUUUGAGGAAGUGUAUAACAUCAUCCUGGAAUCCAAACCUGAACCACAAGUGGAGCUUGUUGUUUCAAGACCUAUUGGAGAUAUACCUAGAAUACCUGAUAGCACACACGCACAACUGGAGUCCAGCUCUAGCUCAUUUGAAUCUCAAAAAAUGGAUCGUCCUUCUAUUUCCGUUACAUCUCCCAUGAGUCCUGGCAUGUUGAGGGAUGUUCCACAGUUCUUAUCUGGACAACUUUCAAGCCAAAGCCUUAGUAGAAGAACAACGCCUUUUGUUCCUAGGGUUCAGAUAAAACUGUGGUUUGACAAGGUUGGUCACCAAUUAAUAGUUACAAUUUUGGGAGCAAAGGAUCUCCCUUCCAGAGAAGAUGGGAGGCCAAGGAAUCCUUAUGUUAAAAUUUACUUUCUUCCAGACAGAAGUGAUAAAAACAAGAGAAGAACUAAAACAGUAAAGAAAACAUUGGAACCCAAGUGGAACCAAACAUUCAUUUAUUCUCCAGUCCACCGAAGAGAAUUUCGGGAACGAAUGCUGGAGAUUACCCUUUGGGAUCAAGCUCGAGUUCGAGAGGAAGAAAGUGAAUUCUUAGGAGAGAUUUUAAUUGAAUUAGAAACAGCUUUGUUAGAUGAUGAGCCACAUUGGUACAAACUUCAGACCCAUGAUGUUUCUUCAUUGCCACUACCCCACCCUUCUCCAUAUAUGCCACGACGACAGCUCCAUGGAGAGAGCCCGACACGGAGGUUGCAAAGGUCAAAGAGAAUAAGUGAUAGUGAGGUCUCUGACUAUGACUGUGAUGAUGGAAUUGGUGUAGUAUCAGAUUAUCGACACAAUGGUCGAGAUCCUCAAAGCUCAACAUUGUCAGUGCCAGAGCAAGUAAUGUCAUCAAACCAUUGUUCACCGUUAGGAUCUCCUCACCGAGCAGAUGUUAUAGGAAGGACUAGAUCUUGGUCACCCAGUGUCCCUCCUCCACAGAGUCGGAAUGUGGAACAGGGACUUCGAGGGACACGCUCUGCUACUGGACAUUAUAACACAAUUAGCCGAAUGGAUAGACAUCGUGUCAUGGAUGACCAUUAUUCUCCAGAUAGGGACAGUCAUUUUCUUACUCUACCUCGCUCCAGAUACAGUCACACCAUUGAACAUCAUCACAGGGAUGGCAGGGAUUGUGAAGCAGCAGAUAGACAGCCAUAUCACAGAUCCAGAUCAACAGAACAACGGCCUCUCCUAGAGCGGACCACCACCCGCUCCAGAUCCACUGAACGUCCUGAUACAAACCUCAUGAGGUCGAUGCCUUCAUUAAUGACUGGAAGAUCUGCCCCUCCUUCACCUGCCUUAUCGAGGUCUCAUCCUCGUACUGGGUCUGUCCAGACAAGCCCAUCAAGUACUCCAGUGGCAGGACGAAGGGGCCGACAACUCCCACAACUUCCACCAAAGGGAACACUGGAGAGAAACAAUGAAGUCAAGGAGAUAGAACCUUAUGAAGAAGAAGUGGACCCCACAAGGAGAAGACACGCAGGUGCUAUGGAUAUAGAGGAGAGAAAUCGCCAAAUGAAAAUUAACAAAUACAAACAGGUAGCCGGAUCAGAUCCCAGACUGGAACAAGAUUACCAUUCAAAGUAUCGAUCAGGAUGGGAUCCUCAUAGAGGGGCAGAUAAUAUUUCCACUAAAUCUUCGGACAGUGAUGUAAGUGAUAUAUCUGCGGUUUCAAGGACUAGUAGUGCUUCUCGUUUCAGCAGCACAAGCUACAUGUCUGUCCAAUCAGAACGGCCAAGAGGAAACAAGAAAAUCAGGCCAAAGGGAAUAGAAGAGGGAGGGAAAGAAGGGGAUAAGCAUGAAGAGAUAGUUCUUGAGGAGGAAGAGGUAAAGGAAGAAAAAAUUAAUGGGAAUGAGAAAGGGAAGGAGAUUACAAAAACAUGUAAUAAGGAAAAAAACAGAGAAUCAGGAGACGAGGGAAAAACACAAGAUAUACCUGAGCAAGGGAAAGAAAAAGAACAAUGGAAUAAAGAGGAUUUGCAAAAGCAAUUCUCACAAGAUGAUGACAGUGUCUUUACAUCCAAAAUGCAAAGCAGACAAAUGGGCAUCUCAGGAAAGAACAUGACUAAAAGCACCAGCAUCAGCGGAGACAUGUGCUCGCUGGAGAAGAAUGAUGGCAGCCAAUCUGACACUGCAGUGGGCGCCUUGGGCACCAGCAGCAAAAAGCGGCGCUCUAGUAUUGGGGCCAAAAUGGUAGCUAUUGUUGGUCUCUCCCGGAAAAGUCGCAGUGCUUCUCAGCUCAGUCAGACGGAAGCAGGAGGUAAAAAGCUACGGAGCACCGUCCAGAGAAGUACAGAAACAGGCUUGGCUGUGGAAAUGAGGAACUGGAUGACUCGACAGGCAAGCCGAGAGUCUACAGACGGCAGCAUGAACAGCUAUAGCUCAGAAGGAAAUCUGAUCUUCCCUGGUGUCCGCUUGGCCUCUGAUAGCCAAUUCAGCGAUUUUCUGGAUGGCCUUGGCCCCGCCCAGCUAGUGGGGCGCCAGACUCUGGCCACACCUGCCAUGGGUGACAUUCAGGUAGGAAUGAUGGACAAAAAGGGCCAGCUAGAGGUGGAAAUCAUUCGGGCCCGUGGCCUUGUGGUAAAACCAGGUUCCAAGACACUGCCAGCACCGUAUGUAAAGGUGUAUCUCUUAGAUAAUGGAGUCUGCAUAGCCAAAAAGAAAACAAAAGUGGCAAGAAAAACGCUGGAACCCCUUUACCAGCAACUAUUAUCUUUUGAAGAAAGUCCCCAAGGAAAGGUUUUACAGAUCAUUGUCUGGGGAGACUAUGGCCGCAUGGAUCACAAAUCCUUUAUGGGAGUGGCCCAGAUACUUUUAGAUGAACUGGAACUAUCCAAUAUGGUGAUUGGCUGGUUCAAACUUUUCCCCCCUUCCUCCCUAGUAGAUCCAACCUUGGCCCCUCUGACAAGAAGAGCUUCCCAAUCAUCUCUGGAAAGUUCAACCGGACCUUCUUACUCUCGUUCAUAG